UCACUCCACCUCCUCCUCCACCUCCUCCUCCACCAGCCUGAACUCACAACAGUGAGAAAGGACCUUCAGUGGAACAGAGAGCAGCUUCAACAGGUCGCUGGUGGUGCUGCAGCUGAGUGAUGGAGCUGAAGGUGUGGGUGGAGGGCGUGGUCAGGGUGGUGUGCGGCCUAUCACUGACCACUUCCUGCCAGGAUGUCGUCAUCGCUCUCGCAAAGUCGCUUGGUCGGACCGGUCGGUACCUUCUCAUCGUGAAGCUGCGAGGGGCGGAGAGGCAGCUGGUGGCCGAGGACUGUCCUCUUCAGCACCUGUCUCAGCUGGGUCAGCUGGCUCCGGAGUUCCACUUCGUCCUGCGGAGGACCGGUCCCAGCCGGGGGGAUGGGGCGGGCACACCCGACAGGGAGCGACGGUUGUCCUCGCCCGGCCCCCGGGACCCGGAGCCUCUGAGCUCCGGUCCGUGUCCCCCGGCCCACCUCAAGAGGACCUGGACCCCGUCGCCCAGAGCUUCUCCAGAACCCCGGGCUUCCCCCGUCUCGUUCCCGGACCCUCACAGCUCCACCAAGGAGGAGGUGUUCAGGCAGGUCCUGCAGCAGCAGAGGAGGCUGCAGGAGCUGGAGAACCAGGUCAGGUCUCUGGAGAAGGAGGCCGAGGUGUGGGAGCAGGAGGGCUCAUCUGCCAGAGAUGCCGGUCCGACUGUGGUCAGGGAAGCAGAACUGGAGGACCUGGAGCGGCGCCUGAGGCAGAACGAGGCCGAUCUGAUGCUUGGACUUCGGUGGGAGGAGAAGUUCCAGGCGGAGGUGGACCGAGAAGAAGAUCUGCAGAGAGGUCUGCAGCGGCUGCACGCCUUGAUGGAGGACCACCCCCACCAAUUGGAGGAGCUCCAAGCCCACUCCGUUCAGCUGGAGCAGGAGGUGCAGCUCGAAGGCCACAGGCUCAGCUCGCGGGCAGACUCGAGGCCGCCGGAGGAGGCGCUGAGGCCUCUAAAGCAGGAGCUCCGUUACCGGUGGCAGCAGGGAGAAGAUCUGGAGGCGGCGUUUUCCGGGACGCAGAGGGAUCUCCAGGCGGCGGAGCAGAAGCUGCAGGGCCGGAGGGAGAUGAUCGAGGAGCUGAACAAGGAGCUGAGGCAGUGUAAGCUGCAGCAGUUCAUCCUGCAGACCGGGGCCCCCCCCCCCCGAGACCCUCGCCGACCUCUGCCUCAGCAGUGCUGGCAUCAUGGAGCCGCAGAGGGACUGGACGUGAUGAAGUCCAGUACUGCCGAGUUAAAGUAACACCAACCAGGAAGAAGAAGAGUUCAAAGUAUUUAUUUCAUCUUCUUCAUCAGAUGAAGAUGUAACAGAAGGAAAGAAGGAAAAAUCCUCAGAGGAGCUGAAAUAGACAGAAUUAGAUUUAUUUAUUGAACUUAUACGGAUGUCAAAAACACGACAUCAUGAAGUAAAGCAUGAAGGACUGUGUGUGUGUGUGUGUGUGUGCGUUUGUGUUUGUGUGUGAGUGUGUGUGUGUGUCUCUGACAAGCCAGUAUUGUAGAUUGUCAAUAAAAUUAAUUAAUAUACAUUUUUCUGCCCCUGAUUUAGAUUGCACCUUUUGAAUUUAAUUUUUACUCUUUAAUAUUUUCUACUUGAAUUAAUCACAUAAAGUAUUUUAAAUAAAAUACCUUUCCCAUA